UUUUUCUCCUGGAAUGCUUUGGCAUUGACAAGCUCGGUGUCGCAAAAGGGCAGAGCAACAAAGAGUGUGUUCAACUUCACUGUGGGUGCGCAGCCGGAACCGGGUUUGCCAAGAAACAUGAGAGAUUUUCUGGGACCGAGAGUACCGCAUGCGCCCGAGGCGUGUCGCGCGGUAGGCUCCUCGUAUGUUUGUGCAAUGUUUGUGUAA